AAUAUAAAAUACACUAUUUACAAUUGUAAAUUAAUAUUAUUAUCCCAGAUAGCACCGGACGUCCCAUGGACGUACAGAGAACGUACAGAAAACGUUCUGGAAAUGUCCAGCACCGGACGCCUCAUGGACGUACAGAAAACGUUCUGGGAAUGCCUAGCACCGGACGUUCCAUGGACGUACAUAAGACGUUCCUGUUCCUGUGCUAUCUGGGUAUACAAUCAUUAUUUAAUAUUCCCAACAGAAUAUUUUUUUCCGUAGAUAAAACACAUAUUUAUUUAAUAUUCGCAACAGAAUAUAUGUUUGAACAUGUAAAACAAAAUGUUUAUUCAAUAUUAGGAAUACAAUAUUUUUUGUACAUAUGAGAUGUGAUAUGUAUGUAAUAUUUGGAACUAUUCAGAAUUACCUAGUAAAUUAAUUCUUCUAACUUUUCAAAAAAAAGUUCAAGUCAUUUAGACCAAUUUAAAAAGAAGGAAUUGUAUUUUAAAAAGUAUCCGAAUAUUAAUGCGAGUCAUUAUAUAAGCCUAAAAUAUGAGUCGGUUUAGCAAAUGCGUUUAUGGGUAAGUGAGGAAGCAGGUUGUGUUGUAGUCCGAAAAUCGUGAGUUCUCGAAUCCCGCCGAAGGUAAAUAAAAAUUGAAAGAUUUGUUCGGCAUUUUUUAUGGAAUCCAGUUACAAGAAAUAAAUACAGUUAACUAAAAUCUACCAACAAAUAAAUAAAAAUAUAUAAAAUUAAAAUUUAAUUUUGUUUUAAAUCUCAAUUUUACAGAUAACGUUCUGGGAAUGUCCACAUCGAACGUCCCAGGGACGUCCUGCGGUUCCAGGAACGUUCACAGGACGUUCAGGGAACGUUUGGACGUUAUCUGGCCGUCCAUAGGACGUCCCGAACGUCCAGUACCGGACGUCUUAUGGACGUACAUAAGACGUCCCUGUGCUAUCUGGGUAUCUUCUUUAAUAAAGAAAAAAUUAAAUAAAAUUUUAAAUCUUCUCGUAUUAGAUGCUUGCAGUGAAGGUUUAACAAAAAUGCUUGUCAGAGUAUUAAUACUAAUUACUGCAAUUAUCUCAGCAAAUGGGUUUCCCUCGCCGAAUCCAGCUGAAUAUGAUCAAAUAGUGCUUCAAAAUCCUAUGCAACAAGAAUUCGAUCAGCAAUUGGUAUUUCAAAAUCCUACGCAAGAAGAGUUCAUUCAACAAUCAACCAAUGAAGAUUAUUUUGAUUUUGAUAAUACGAAAUCGACGUCAUUUUCGGAACAAACUGGAGACUUCACUAUCUCCUGUAUAGGAGAAAAUCGAAUCUGUACCAAGAAGAAUAAUUGUGCGAAUGGUUACAUUCUUAUCACAGAAGAUAUUCCUCUUCCAUCGAGCAAGGAAUGCAGAAUUCCAGACGAAGUUUGCUGCACGGUAGUGCAAGAAUUUCGAGAGACAUCGCCAAAAAUCGAACCAUUCGUAUCAGAUUUGGGAAGCAAUAGCGAUAACAAAGGCUUUAAACUGAAACGACCACUCACAAUAAACGAUCAAAUUCCAGAAAACUUUGCUAGCGGAUCAGCGAAUUCAGGAACUCAAGAAAUUGUUGGGCAAAAUCCUGAUCAAACUCCUACAAACUUUCUUGCAAACGCAACCCACGUACAGUUUGGUUGCGCGGCAGCUCUCCUUUGUGUCGAAGAACAAUAUUGCACCGCAGGUGGUACAAUCAGUACAGAGCCUGUCUCUCUGGAAAAGACAACAAUUCAACAACGCGUACCUCUAAGUUCUUGCAAAAAUCCUGACAAUGGAAUAAUCGGCAAGUGUUGUCGAGAUCCAAAUUACGUAGAUCCUUGGCCAACAGAAAAUCUUCCUAAAAAUUAUUCUGGUGGAUUCGAUGAACAAGGUUUCCCAACGUUUUUGAACAUUGCAAAAGUAAGGCCACCUAAACAACCUGUACAACCAAUUAACACUGUCAAAUCAAGUCUCACUGUCAGACCUGGUUUGGGAUCGUACAAUUCUGUACCAGCUGAAGAAAAAGUGGAACCUGCAUUAGUACCAGAUAACUCGGUUAUUUCUGUAGAAGUUUUAGUUCCUCCGAUUGAAACCGUUUCGGAGCAAAAGAAUGAUGUGAAGGUGGGAGGAUUGAACAUGGAAUGUGGCGUUAGAAAUACAAGGCCAGGAAUAAGAAAGUCACAUACUGCUUUCGCUGAAAUUCCAUGGCAAGCAAUGGUUUUGCAUUCGAAAGAAAAGAAAAUUCUCUGCUCUGGUGCUCUUAUCAGCACCCAAGACAUACUAACAGCGGCCAAUUGUAUCGACAGCCUGGGGCCAAACGAUAUUUCGAUUAAAUUAGGCGAAUGGAAAUUAGGCUAUGAGUUGAAAUACGAGGAACCCCUUCCUUAUGAAAUCCUCAAUGUGUCGUCUAUCAGAACGCAUUCUGGUUACGCAAGGGGAUACACAGAUCACGAUCUUGCGAUUUUACAUCUAGAAAAUCCUGCGACUAUCGAUCUACACGUAAAUCCUCUGUGUUUACCUACAACAAAGCAGCUGCAAAUGAAUAAGUGUAUUGCUACCGGUUGGGGAAAAUCGAUACUUCAAGCGCAUUAUGCUGGAGCAAUUAUGCAUGCAGUGGAUUUGGAUAUACUUUCAACAGAACAAUGCCAAGAACAAUUAAUAAGUGGAGACCUAAUUCCAAGUAUAGCAAAUGGAAUUAUUUGUGGUACACCUAGAGAGGACAUUAAUAAUGUCUGUGAGGCAGAUGUUGGCGGACCUCUUGCAUGCAAAAAUAAACAUGGACUGUAUGAGUUAGCUGGAAUUUACAGUCAGGACACAGGAUGUCUACCAACAAAUCAAAUUGCAAUUUUUGCACCAUUAGAUGACGAAUGGUUGAAAGAAACCAUGGCAAGCUCAAUACAUGAACAAAGUCUUUCAACAUUAAUAGAAAAUAGUGGAACAAAUAAGGGAUACGAAGAGUUGCCAUUCGAGAAUGGCCAUAGGAAAAGCACUCUAUCUACAGAUAAUGAAUAUCUUCCUCCAAAUUGAGGAUCCAUCAUUUAAUAUAUUUCCGUUGUUUAUUUAUUAUAAUUUGUUUAUUAAUGAAACAAUUAAGAGGAUUAGUUCUUAACACGAUUCUGUAGUAGAAUCUUGUACCCCAUUAUAGGAUUGAAAAUACUACUAAUGUAAAAUGGGAUUAGGUUCCAGAGAAUAUUAAAAAAAAAAAACUUUUUCACUUGUAACAAACGAAGAAAUAAUAUUGAAUAGUAAUAAAAAGAAAAAAAAAGAAAAUGGAAGAAAAAUA